AUGGACCAAUCUAAGCCUCAACCAUCAGGGAGUGGUCCUCCGCCAAAGCCUUGGGAGCAAGCCGGUUCCUCGGCUGGCCCGUCACCCUUUAAGCCUCCGUCCGCAGGCAACACCAGUAAUGUAGUGGAAGCUUCUGGGACUGCAAAACCCGGGAUCGUUUCCAACCAGAAUGCAACUGCCAACCAGAAUGCUGUUGGGAGGCCCCUUCCUUCAAGGCCAUGGCAGCAACAGCAGAGUUAUGGAAACAGCAGCUACGGAGGUUAUGGUUCUACAAUGAAUUAUGGUUCUGGAUAUGGCUCAGGACUGUAUGGAUCUUCUUACGGUUCUUCUUAUGGUGGGCUAGGUGGGGGAAUGUAUGGUGGUGGAAUGUAUGGUAACAGUAUGUAUAGGGGAGGAUAUGGUGGUGGCCUUUACGGGUCAUCUGGGAUGUAUGGAGGUGGGAUGUAUAGCAGUGGGAUGGGUGGUUAUGGCAUGGGUGGGAUGGGUGGUUAUGGCAUGGGUGGUGGUCCUUAUGGAGAUCAAGAUCCUAAUAACCCCUAUGGAGCCCCUCCAUCCCCUCCAGGAUUUUGGAUUUCUGUUCUACGUGUGAUGCAAGGAGUGGUUAACUUUUUUGGUCGGAUAUCAAUACUCAUUGACCAGAAUACACAGGCCUUCCAUCUGUUCAUGACUGCACUCCUACAGCUUUUUGAUCGUUCUGGUUUAUUGUAUGGAGAGCUAGCUAGAUUUGUGCUGCGCUUGCUUGGGAUUAGAACUAAACCCAAGAAGGUUGACCCACAAGGUCCAAAUGGACAGCCACUGCCUGGACCACACCCCCAAAACAUGAACUACAUUGAGGGACCAAAGGCGGCUCCAAGUGGUGCUUGGGACAAUGUAUGGGGUAACGACGGCAGCCAAUGAUGAGGAAUAAUAUAUUUUGUUUUGCAUGAAUAGUACCUCCAAAUACAGUCAAAACAAGAAACAUGACAGUAGCAUUUCAAAUGAACAUACUCAGAAGCUGCAGAAAGUCAUGUAUAGAAUUCCGGAUUGUAAGUUCGGUUUGCUGUUUCCUUUGCUAUAUUGGAUCUUAGAGUUUACUGGAAAGUGGAAAUGGGAUCUUAUAAUAAUAAUGUAUUGUUCUGUAUUCAAGAUGUAUACUUUGCUUAAUAUUUCAUAGUUCUAUGGAUCACGAGUUGGAUUUUGUUUC